AUGCGGCAUGGUCGGAGGAACGGGCGUUGCCCAGGCCGUGACGAUUCAUUGUGCGGCAGAACUGCGACAAUGGGGACGCGUGCGGGUGGUGCCACCACCCGUCGCAUCGACGUGCCGGCAGACGCGGGCGACAACCGCGAGGGCGUGGGCCUGGCGAAGUUUAUUCUGAAGAUGGAGCAGGGCCAGGCAGUUUCGGCCCACAGGAUGUCAGAGGCGCAGCAGCAAGGUGAAAUCGAUGACUUUCGCAGCAGUAGUUCCGCGCAUCCGUAUGCGCUGGUCCGUGGAGGCGAAGGUGCGUCCGGAUCGGACACUGCAGAGGCUGCGUGCGGUGCGACUCGUCCUGUGUAG